AUGGAUCAUCAUCGCUUGCCGCGGCAUAGCUCAAGUCAUGGCACUCUUCAUAGUAGUUAUUCUCAUGGGCGAUCUGCUCACGGGCCAUCCCCUGUUCGCCCAUUGCACAAACCUCUCCGAAGUGUCAACGAGAAUUCCGUUUUGCUACCUUCGCCGGGUGCAUUGGAGAGCAUGCUAAAAACUACGACAGAGACGGGAGAUAUCGGGAUUUUCAGCAUUAAACCUGUGCCUCCGUUGCCGCAACGAAGAGGUACGUUUUCUGAAAUCAGUCAACAACGCCCAUCACCUCGUCCUUCUAUUGAAGAGCUACAACGUCGGAAUAAUGGCAAAAUUUCCCUAUGUAGAGACACUGCCUCUGAAAUAAUUUCAAUGCACGACUCGGAGAGUCAUAAAUCCACUACAAGCACAUUGACCCCCACAUGUUCAGAUGACAUUGGACUGCGCUCAUAUUCAAUGACUACGUGUGGAUCCCGCCACCUUUCUCAUCAUAAGUCGACAACGACUUUGCAGAGUCAGGCUAGUGGAGGUCCGCUUCAACGUCCUCGAUCGCCCUUCCCAUAUCCAACGCGUUUGAAGCGACCUGGAGUUCGCCCAGCUUCUCCGGCCCUUACAGAAAGCGGGCGAGUUGACUAUAGUCGUAUGGUGGAAAUUGAUCGAGCCUCAUAUAGAACUGUCCAUGGCCCAUACAAACCCUCUUACCCCCCUACACCACGAAGACCUGCUCCUCUAGGUCUCCGAGCAGACGUCAAUUUAUCCACUGUUUCGCUACCCUCACAAGGUCUGCCGCCUCUUAGCCGUAAUAGGCCACCUAGACCCUCUUCAAUUCGGACCCAUUCCACGGCCUCGAUGGCAUCUUAUAAUGCCCCGUGUCGCGAAAGGUUCGACAGUUCUUCGUCUAGGACGUCGAGUCUUACCUCACUUGUGAAUAUGUACCACAGGACGCCACACACGCCUAGAGUUGGUCCGAGUGGACUUUCCACUACUGUACCACGUUACUACGACUAUACCGAAGGGUUCGAGAAUAAACAACCGCGCGCUAUAACUCCAGUUCAACCUUUCGCUCCGGUCCCUACUCGCGUAUCCAAUUGUCACCGCCCACUAGUACUACAGGACUCCGAUGAGAAUCUAGCGGUUGCAUUUGGAGAGCGGGAUUCGGCAUUUUUUGAAGCUGGUAGUGGCAGUCCUGGCAGGGUAGACGGGCUCGAAGCUUUGAACGAUACGAACGGGCGUCGCGUAGAAGACUAUCAAGCUACGGUGGAUCGAGUACCUUCCCGUUGCCGCACCGGUUCCAUCCGUUCCGAGAGUAGAUCCAUCGCAUUUGACGGCUUAGAGACGGAUAGGAGGCUAGAAAGGGGAAGUGAUAUUGACCUAUUGCCGUCGCAAGUAGGUAGAGAUUCUAUGGAUACAUUCAACCCAAGUCUUGAUCUAGAGUCAAGAGACGCUCCAACAUAUAGAUACGCGGACUAUCGCUUGACAGCUACACCGAAGACGAAGGCACAUUCUCCAGAGAGACAGGUCCAGGUCCUAGGUGGUAGAGCUCCUACAAUUCGAAGCGAGCAAGGAGUCAUAUUAAGGGACGACACCCAGGGCGAGACUCUAAACGAAGAUGAAAUACAUACGAUCGGAAUGGCAUCAUCUCCUACGGGCUCUUCUAGCCAGCAACAACCUACGUUCUUGCAUACCAACGGCAAGAAAGCAGCCAUGAUAGACCCUUACGGAAAUCACCUGCCUAUGUUCGGCGAUGCCAACACUAUGCUAAGCAAGAAUAAUUUAUCUAUAUUUGAUGUCGAUAUUGAUGCACAAAACCGAUCUUAUUCCUCUACGCCUGCAUCUGAAUACCCAGCUGAACCAUCACUUCACCGCAGCGCCGCCCAGUACAUCGACCUUUCUGCACUGGACUCGUCUCGCCCACCUAGCCCUUAUUUCAAGUACCGUGAGAAGGGACUUCGCAACGAGAUCAGCUCUUCUACAUUAAGUUCGUCGGCAAAUGAUGCGAUACCUUAUCCCGUGACGAUAAAGCAGCUGUCGCAAGGGACGAGGUUUAUCGAACAACUACCCCCACCACCUCAGUUCGGAGGAGUAGAAGAUGUGAAGCCGGAUCCAUCUCAUGUUAACCAAGGAAAGCGCUCUGCACCUGCCGUGUCGUCGGUUCAAGAUUAUUUGCACAGAACACCGCUUUCAUCCAACUACCAGGGUCAAAGCAGCACCAGCAGCAGUCAACAGCAGGACUACCAAGGAAACCCCAACAUACGACUGAACGGAAGCAGUGAGCCGAAGCUGGCGAACAACCAGGCAAAUGAGCCUGUGAAGGGAGUAGCAGACGGAAUGGCCAAUGGGAAAUCCAACGGGUCGGCAAGCAGACCUACGAAUGGUACUGCACACAGAGCUACCAGCGGACAAAGGAGCGAGAACAGACACGCGUCUACGCCUAGCCAGAAAAGCCAGAGGGCUCAAGGAAAGAGAGAUAGGAUUUGGCCCUGGAAGGAGGGAACAUGCCACAAGAUCGCCGCCGAUACUUGGCAAAAGAUAAAAGCCUUCUUCGGGCUCGACACGACGCCUCCACCCGACAUGGCUAAUGGGAAUGUCGGACAAGAGGAAAUCGAGCUGAACGAGUUGCCGAGCGAACCCCUUCGUUCCCGGCAAAAAGCACCUGGAUCUAACUCUGCGAAUCCGACAUCGCGGCCCCGACGAGCUGCGAGGCGUGGCAGGAAUAGGAAUAGCAACGGGGAUAAGAAUCCCUUGCGGCGAACGAGGGCCCACUCUGGAUCUCGCCCGAGCAGACACACACCCAAGGAUCCGUACGAUAAUGGCUUCUUGUCUGCACCUAAAAGCACUACCUCGAGCAGGGGAGCCUCAUACAACGCCGGGGCGAACGGCGAGCGAGCCAGCAAGAAGACUCCCAGCAGCACGAGCCAGUGGUUUUCCAGGCUAUUAUAA